AUCUAUAAAAAUAUAUCGAUAGAAGUAUAUACAUUGGUUACAGUUGCUUCGCAAAAAAAACACAGAAAGCGAACAACAUUUUCAUAAAAGUUUCUUUUUCGACGCAAGAAAAUUCGACGAAGAAACGAAAGAAGUGUCUAAAGAGUUUGAUAUCUCCAUAUGAACAGAUGUCUUGGAUGUUUUUAUACAUGGUCUUCGUUUAGACUCGAUUACACAUUCGUAGUAGAAAGGCAAUCUGUGGACUGAACAAUAAACUACAAGGGUAGAUUACAGUGUACCUAUAGAAAGACUGAUUUGACAUUGUGAGAAAUAUGGGUUCAGGAAAUUCUAAAAAAGGAGACCAAAAGCUAACGAAAAAAGAUUUACGAUACUUUUACAAAGAAGUAAAAGAGCAUGAAAAAGGUAUUAACUCGAUGUGUAUAACACCAAAUGGAUCGAUGAUCAUCACAGUUAGCGAAGAUAACACUGCGAGAAUAUUUGAUGUUGCAAGGGAGGAGUUUGUAUCCGUGCUAAAAGGUCACGAAUCCUACAUCAACCACGUGGUUGCAAAUGAUGACUAUGUGUUCACAGCUUCAGCAGAUCAAUGCAUCAAAAAAUGGCGGAUAGAUACUGGAAUGUGCUCAAAAACAUUAAAAGGUCACGUUGGAGCAAUAAAUAGAUUAGUGCUUUUUGAUAACAUCCUGUUUUCAUCCUCCUAUGAUCGCACAGCUAGGUGUUGGCAUAUAGAUACAGGCGAAUGCAAGGCAGUUUUUACAGGCCACAAGCUUGGUGUCUAUCCGCUAUUGUACAUCCCACAAGGCGAUGACGAUUUUGAAAGAGAUUUAUCUGACCUAGAGAACAAUAAUGACAUCUUAGUGACUGGAAGUGUUGAUAACACUGCUCGAUCGUGGUCACUGAGUACAAAGGAAACAUUAAUAACUUACAAAGGACAUCAGGGGGCAGUUUUAUCGUUGGCUGCAGACAGUAUUGGCAAAUAUUUAUUUACUGGAAGCACUGAUAACAUUAUUCGUUCAUUUAAUAUGCACACAGGGAUAAUAAUUCGAAGUUUUGAGGGGCAUCAAGCCUCAGUGCUACAACUACAGGUGGUGAAUCGCUUGCUAUUCUCCUCAAGUGCCGACCAUACUGUCCGAUGUUGGGUGACAGAGUUUGGCGAUUGUACUCGAGUUUACAAGGGUCACAUUCAUACAGUGGGCUGUAUGAAGAUUCACAACGGAAUAUUGCUAACUGGUUCAGGGGAUAAAACUGCAAGAGCGUAUGAUGCAAAGUCAGGAUCGUGCAAGAGGAUAUUCAGAGGACAUACUGGUUCUGUCAACGCUUUGAUUAUUCACAAAGGCAAAUUGUAUACUGCGUCUAACGAUGGUUCGAUACGCAUAUGGGACGCAACAAAGCUAAAAGAGGGUGCAGAUGUGGAAGAAGAGGAAGAUGAAGAGAACAAGGAAAAUUAAUACUAAAUUAAUAAAACAAGAAGGGAGGGAAAUGAAGCGAGUCGAAAGUCAUGUGAGAUUAACACAUGCAUUGAAUAUUUAUAAGGCGAAUGAAAAUUAUUUUGUUUUUGCCAGAAAAGCUUAAUACAGACUUUGUGUUUGGCAUACCAAAUAAGAUAUUGACUCAUGAGAUUGAGUCAUGUCUUAUCACUUAUGAAAAUAAUACAAUAUUUGAAUGUGAAGUAUUAAUGAUGCAAAAAUAUAAAGUUUGCAUAUUCUUGUCUUUUCACCAAUUUGACAUAAGUUUGCGUAUGUGUGUUAACAGCUCCAGUUAGAUACCCAUUGUGUACAUCCGAUGACGUGACGGGUUGAAUUAACAGCCGGUUAUCAAUUUUUAAAAAGAGAAAUCCUGCGUAAAUGAAAUUGGCGUCAAUAUAAGGCUGUCAAUAUAAGGCUUUUUCUAUACUUCUUGUUGGAACCGCACCUAUUGCACAAAGCAGUAUAUAAUAUAUAUUGAUGACGUAUUUGAGCGUAGAUAUUUUUACAAAUUGUAAGUUAUUAUAAGAAAAUAAUGCAGAUACAUUUACUCUCGAA